UAGCAUGAGCGGGAGUGGAAAUAAGCGGCGUUUCCUUCAAAAUAGUCUUUAAAAACGUGAUUAAAACCGAUUGAACUCCAAAUUAACACUGUUUAUCAUCUCAUACAAGUCUUAAGUAAAGUUUUAAUUGGUAAAGUUUAACGUAGAGCCCGGUUUUAUGUGUACAAAGUUGGGCUUAGUGUCAUUUUAACGGUUCUAAUUUGAAAUAGAAAAGGAAAUCACUUUGCACAUGGACUGACUUUAUGAGCAUCUCUCUGCAUUGCAAUGAAGACAAGAAUUUUAUAUUUUUGUGUUGUUUUUUGUGAGAAAAAGGCUAAAAUGCAUGAAUCUGCAGUCAGUUACAGGUUUACUGGGAGAAGAUGGUGUAGAUUUUAGUUUUUGUUGAGCUGAUCUGGAUCCUCCUCUCCUCCUGGACUGCAUCAGACAGAAUAAACCACAAUGGCGCUGUGGCCGUCUGUGGCCGUGCUCCUGCUCUGCGCCGCGUCUGGAGGAUGUCUGGAAAAGGCCAACGCGUCAAAUCUAAUCGAAUUCACCGCGGCAGAUUUCUAUCAUAAACUUUAUUCUGGGAAGAUGAUGUUUAUGUAUUUUGAGCGUGAAGCUCCUCCAUUUAUCUCCGUCUUCCUGGUGGAGCUGGAGAAGUCGGCUGAGAUACUUCAAGAUUACGGCGUGCUGGUUGGGAAGGUCAACUGCAAUAAAGAGGUGGUUUCCAAGUAUUGCUCAGACGACAAAGUACUACACACAGCCUUUCUGUUCAGGAGCGGUACAGAGUUUCUGAGCUUUGACCUGGACACUGUUUUUGAUGUGAACGCCAUCGUCUCAGAGGUUUUGUUUGCGAUUCUGCGUGACGAGGUGAGGUACGUCCACACUGACGCUGACCUGUCUGCGAUGGAGAAGAGCGUGAAGGGGAAGAAAGACAUCGUGUUGUGUUACGUCAGCAGUCUGGGGACGCGAGAGCACAGGUCCAUUAUGGAGACGGCGUUUGUUUACGGCUCAAAAUACCAGUUUAUCCUCAUAACGGGAGGCCCUGUCCUCAAACACCUGGGUCUCGUCACUUCUUCUCCGUCGGCUCGAGUCUGGGUCCUUCACUGCACAGACCACAGAUCUGACCGAUGCCCUUUGACCCCGAUGAGGAAACCUGUGUCCACUCUCGGUCUUCACUCGUUCCUGCAGCUCAUGGACGCUCCUUUACUGACUGAGCUUCACGAGGACCCCUCACAAAUCCCCCCGUCCCAGUUUCCCCACCAGCUCGUCCCGCAGCUGUUUCUGUUCUCACUUCCUGAAACUGAAGCGUUGGAUAAGGAAAACGCAAACACGCUGGCUGGGAAACUCCGAGGACUCGCCCAAGUGCUGCUCGUUCACAGGGGAAGUGCUGCUGUUCAGACUCCUCAGCUCUACAAUGCUGCUUACAGGCUCCCAGGAAAGGCCUUAGAAUAUUUGACCUUACGCAGCAUCGAGGACGUACUGGACCUGUUCACAGAUGAAAACACAGAGAAAGUGUCUGAAAAAGAGGAGGAAGCAGAAGAAAUGGAGGAUUUUGAGGACGACGAUGAUAUUUUUGACCAGUUUGACGAUGAAGUCGCUGCUUCUGUUUAUCUAAAACGAGGGAUGGAUCUGGACAUGGAGGUUUUCACUGAGCUCAACAGGCAGAAUUUUCACAGUGUAGUGGCACAAAGCAGCCUGACAGUGGCGCUGUUUUACCUCAAAUGGGACGCUGCUUCUAUGGCUUUUCUCGAGGCUUUUGUUGAAGUAGCUGAAAGUUUAUUGGACGGCGAUGUUGACGAUGUCCAGAUGUGUGCGGUCAACUGCGGGGAGUGGACCGACCUGUGCGCGGCGGAGUCCGACCCGUCCGACCCUCCCUUUCCCUUUCGACCAAUCACGGCCUUCCCCACUGUUUUGAUGCUUCGACCCCGAGAGCCCGCGCGGCGCUACGGAGGGAUGCUAACGAGCCAAGCGCUGUUCCGUUUCAUCCUACUGAGUCGCGUCGCUUCCCCUCUCCAUUUAAACGAUGCUGAUAUGAGUGUAUUUAUGAGCGGGGCCAUCCAUCCCGACCUGCCAGGACACACUGUUGAUAAAGUCCUGGGAUUAUUCCGCACACGCUCACAUCCAGGCGUGUCGCUGUUCACUGGAGCAGCUGAAGCUCUGCGGGGGGAGCUGCUGACGGGUUUGCUGACGGACGACCUGGCGCUAAAAUGGGCGUCCGAUCACUCCGCGGACCUCCCUGUUGUUUUGGUGUUUCCUUGGUGGCGUCCGGACCGUCCCCCCUCCACGCUGACCGUCCCCUCCUCCGCAGAAGAGCUGACAGCGCUCAUAAACGCCGCACUCCUUCAGCCCGUGCCCGAGCUCACCGUGGCCUCCCUGCCCGCCCUCCUGUCCCGGGGUCGGACUCUGCUGCUUCUGUUCGUGGGGGAAGAGGAGGAUGAAAUCGGGCGGAGGCAGAACGAGGCGCUGGUUGGAGAGCUGGAGAGAGUCGUGGAGAUGGGAGGAGCAGAGAUGGAAAAAUACUCGGCCUGUUAUAUCCAUUUGGGGCGCACUCCCGCGGGGAUCGACGUCCUUGGAUCGUACCUUGGCUCCGUGCCUCCUCUGCCCUCUCUGAUACUCACCCACAAUCCAUCAGCGGCGGAAAUCUACCAGUAUCCUCCACGGCUGCCCAUCAGCGCCCCCUCUGUGCUGCAGUGGGUACAGAGGGUGGAGGAGGGCGAGGAGACGGCGGCAGGCGCCUUGGGAGAUGAUAACUGGCCUCCCGUCGCACCGUUUUAUGAUUUCCUGGGGGUAAUGGAUCACAAUGACCCCUCUUCAGCGCGGCAACAACGGCCCAAACGGGAAAGGUCUGAGGGCGAGACCAGAGAAGGAGGAGGAGAAGACGGAGGGGUGAGCGGUGCAGACGAUGUGACGGUAGAAGAAGAAGAAGAAGAAGCCAGUUUAUCCAGUACAGGUCCAAACCAACACACUGAACUUUGACCUCUGGGUGGUAAAAAUAAACGGUCACAUUGGUUUUAUUUUUAUACAACGUUUUCCCACCGCACCACCAUCUUUUACCGAUCAUGUUUAUGUCGAGAACGCUCUACCAACUGAGCCACCGUCGCCCAAAACCAAUUUACCAUCUACUGUUUACAACGUUAUAGGAUUAUUUUACGCUGUUUUUAAUAUUUUGUGUAUUUUUCAAGUGUUUUUUUACACUGGAUUUCCUUCAUUUUGUGUUUUCGAUGGACCAGAGACACUAUUUUUUCAUAUAUUUACAUUUGUUGACGCUUAAACGCACAUUCAAGCUGUUUUUUAAUAUCCGUUACACUGUGGCUGUCUGACCACUAGAGGCGCUGUAACUGGACUGUGGUGCGAUAUAACGUGAUCUCGAGUGAGUUUUAUGAGUCAGAUUUUCCGCACAGCUGCUAAAGUAGAGAAGUUCUACAGACGUGAUGUGGCGCGGAGACAGGAGACGAUUUCAAAAUGAGGUAAAUGGAAAUUAUAUAAGUUCUGUAGAUUGAGGAACAGAGGCGUCGGCGGCCAUUUUACUUCACU